UCAGCGUUAGCCAGCGGUUAGCAUCUGGCGGCACUGAAAUGUAACUAAUAUUUUUCAAGAAAAAGGAGGGACUUUCAUGUAUUUGCGAGUCACGAUGACGAGUGCGGGACCAGCGAUGGAGCCGUGGAUCAAGCCACAGCUCCGAUCUGCAGGAGACUGAUUCUUGAUUUACAGUUUAAGUACACUAACAAGUACAAGACGUCGGCAUCAUGGGAAGGAUCAGCUUCUCGUGCCUUUUCCCAGCACCGUGGCAUUUCAGCCUCUCGUCCCAGGUUCUUCCUCGGCUCCUGGUACCUUCCCUCAGACAGCUGCUCUUCAUCGGCCUGGUGCUCUGCCUCAUAGGACUGCUCUACCUGCUGCUUGUCACUGGAAAGGGGCACGCCAGAUGGAUCAGAGAGGAAAAUCACUUCCACAGGCACUUGGCAAAGGUGAAUGAUGUGGAUGCAGCAGAUACAAGCAACCCCAACCUGAACUACGGCCUGGUGGUGGACUGUGGCAGCAGUGGCUCCAGGGUAUUUGUGUACUGCUGGCCCCGGCAUAACGGUAAUCCCCGUGAACUGCUGGACAUUCGGCAAAUGAGAGAUCAACACCGCAAGCCGGUGGUCAUGAAGAUCAAACCAGGUAUCUCUGAAUUGGCUAAAACACCUGAGAAAGCCAGUGAUUAUAUCUAUCCACUUCUGAGCUUUGCGUCCGAACACAUUCCCAAAAAUAAGCACCAAGAAACUCCCUUGUACAUCCUGUGCACCGCCGGAAUGAGAAUCCUUCCUGAAAGUCAACAAGAAGCACUUCUUGAGGAUCUGAGAACUGACAUCCCCGUCCACUUCAACUUCCUCUUCUCCGAUUCCCAUGUGGAAGUGAUUUCUGGAAAACAGGAAGGUGUCUAUGCAUGGAUUGGAAUAAACUUUGUCCUCGGAAGGUUCAACCAUGUGCACAAUGAUGACAAAGCUGUCGUGGAGGUUCAUGUCCCAGGCAGCGAUCAGCAGGAGGCGCUGAUGAGGAAAAGGACUGCCGGUGUCCUGGACAUGGGCGGCGUCUCCACACAGAUCGCAUACGAAGUGCCCAAAACUGUAAGCUUUGCUUCUCCACAGCAGGUUAUUAUCCACAACCAAUUCUGUUUUUGUGCCGUCUUUGGUUUUUGUCACUCACCCUUUGUUCUUCUCCCUCCUGUCAACCGUUGUCAUUCCCUGGUUAAACCCUCUGUGCACCAUGUUUGUCCCGUGGAGAUGGUCUGCUCUCCAUUCAUCACUAUUGAAGGCAUACUGUAAGCCUGCUGCAUGACUCCAUAGCAGGAUUUUUGGACUGAAACCAUUGAGUCAUAGACGUAGUGACCAUCAAAUGCAAUGGAGGUUGCCCGUGUUAAGAUCUUUGGUUUGUGUUGUUCGUGAUUUACGUACUUAAGCAGGUUUGCUAUACACUCGUUGUCCUUUUUCUCUCUCAUUGGGCCUCAUUCACCAAUAUACUCCGACGAUUUUUUCCUUAAAUUUGUUCUUUAGAAGGUUUUUUAGGAAAAGUCAGUUCCAUGAUGUGAUCUUUAACCACAGAAAUAUUUGUAUCUUAUAAAAAUGGAGCAAGAGACUCAAUCAUGUAGAUGUGAGUCACUGCUGGCGGAUCAGUCAGCUCGAGUGGUUGAACUGCGAGACGUCCAGUAAAGUCCAAGUUGUCUGGUUGUGAAGAGAUGAGCGGCUUCCCAUACGGGAGCAACACUGUUAAAGGUGGACGUGAAGGAGGAUAAAUCAAUUAUUCAGAUAAAAAUACAAUGCAUACCUUUUACCAUGUCAAUUACAUUAGUAUCUCAA